UCUAAAAUAACCCAAUCGCUUUGGAUUACCAGUGUGACGCGAGCAAGUUUAGUAAUGUGAGGUGGAAGUAAAGUUUGUGUGAGUUUUAAAGAUGGCGUACCAAACAGUUCGGCAGGAGUAUAUGCAGAUUCCUAUAGUUACAAGAGCGUAUACAACGGCAUGUGUACUUACGACAGCAGCGGUGCAAUUAGAACUGAUCACACCGUUUCAGUUGUACUUCAAUCCUGAGUUAAUAUGUAGGCAAUAUCAAGUGUAUAGAAUAAUCACAAACUUCCUGUUUUUUGGUCCAGUUGGAUUUAACUUCUUAUUUAACAUGAUUUUCUUGUAUCCUUUUUGUCGUUUAUACCAAACAGGAGAGGUCAGAGGACGGAACUCUGAUUUUAUAUUCGUGCCCUGGUACUUUGGAGGCUGGCUAGCUGUUUUGUUUGGUUUGUUUGUCAAUUUGGUAUUCUUAGGUCAAGCUUUCACUAUAAUGCUGGUGUACAUCUGGAGCAGAAGGAAUCCUUAUGUCCGAAUGAAUUUUUUUGGGCUUCUCAACUUCCAGGCUCCCUUCCUGCCCUGGGUGCUUAUGGGUUUCUCUCUGCUAUUGGGCAAUUCCAUUAUAGUGGAUCUUCUUGGAAUAGCUGUGGGUCACAUUUAUUUCUUCUUGGAGGAUAUAUUUCCUAACCAGCCUGGUGGAUCAAAGUUGCUGAAAACACCUUCAUUUUUGAAAGCAAUAUUUGACAGUCGUGAAGAUGAUCCUAACUACAAUCCAUUACCAGAAGAACGACCAGGAGGUUUUGCCUGGGGUGAAGGUCAGAGACUUGGUGGAUAACAGCAGACCAGUCUGUUCCAAAGGGAAAUUAAAUGGACCAUGCCAAAACAGUUUCUGGAGUAACUUGGACAUUUUUUGUCUUCUGCAAUGGAAAAAAAAAAAAAAACUUUGUACAUUUUUACAACAUUUUAAAAACCAGCAAGCACUUUAUAGCAGAACUGUUUUUUGGGCAGUUCAAGAAAACAUUUCCAGUUGGUCGUGUGUGCCUCUGCAAUUGUGUGUGAUUGACUUUAGUUUUAAUCAAGUGGUUUCCGUAAGAAUGGAACACUGAAGUUGCUAGGUUUCCAGACUCUUGAUCGAAAAAAACACCUCUACCGUU